AUGGAGGCCCGGAUGGAGGAGGCUCGGGACUCUUUCCCCCUGCCCACUCUCACGCCGGCCGUGCCCCCCUACGUGACCCUGGGUUUGACGGUGGUCUACAGCGCCUUCUACUCGCUGCUCUUCAUUUUCAUCUACGUCCAGCUCUGGUUGGUGCUGCGCUACCGGCAUAAGCGCUUCAGCUACCAGACCGUGUUCCUGUUCCUGUGCCUGCUGUGGUCGGCCCUGCGCACGGUGCUCUUCUCAUUCUACUUCAAGAACUUUGUGACGGCCAACACUUUGGGGCCUUUUGCGUUCUGGCUGCUCUACUGCUUCCCUGUGUGCCUGCAGUUCUUCACCCUCAGCCUCAUGAACCUCUACUUUGCACAGGUCGUGUUCAAGGCCAAGUCCAAAUAUGCACCGGAGCUCCUGAGAUACAGGCUGCCGCUCUACCUUGUCUUCCUUUUCAUGAGCGUGCUGUUUUUAGCCGUCAACCUAGCAUGCGCCAUGCUAGUGAGGAUGUCGUCUGCGGACGCCCGCACUGUGGUGCUGGUGAGAGUGGCCAUCAACGACACCCUCUUCGUCCUGAGUGCCGUUUCGCUUUCGCUGUGUCUCUACAAGAUGGCCAAAAUGUCCCUGGCUAAUAUUUAUCUGGAAUCCAAGGGAACGUCAGUGUGCCAGGUGAGCGCUAUAGGAGCCAUCGUCAUACUCCUGUACACAUCUAGGGCUUGCUACAACUUGGUCGUCUUGGGACUCUCGAACAGUAGCAUCAAUUCCUUUGACUACGACUGGUAUAACGUUUCUGACCAGGCAGAUUUACAGUCCACUCUGGGCGACACAGGUUACAUCGUCUUUGGAGUGAUUUUGUUCGUAUGGGAGCUGCUCCCUACCUCUCUCGUCGUUUUUUUCUUCAGAGUCCGCCAGCCCAACCUGGACAGGACCAGCUCGGGCCUUCCGGGUCACGUCUUCUCCUCUAGGGCUUACUUCUUCGACAACCCUCGACGUUACGACAGUGACGAUGACCUAGCUUGGAGUGUGAUGCCUCAGAACAUCCAAGCCAGUUUGGCUGCAGACAGUUACGAUUGGGGGAGCCAGAGCAACAGCAUCAGUGCGUACGUCGGAGGGGACGACAUUUACCACCUGCCACCUCCUCCGGAGGAGCUCAGCCAUUACUGA